UAGAACCAGAGAGGAAGAACCAGAGAUGAAGAACCAGAAAGGAAGACCCAGAGAGGAAGAACCAGAGAGGUAGAACCAGAGAGGUAGUGGGAGGACUAGUCUUAGUGCCUCGACCACACAUACUACUAGGAUCCGUCAUCCUCCAUGUGGGACAGCCUAAAACCAGAAGAGCCUAGACCAGGGUUAACAUUCUUAUCUUAUUGUGGAAGUGAACGGAAACGCCCUCAUGCACACGGAACGAGUCUUUCUCCUCUUGUUACGAGAUGCUGUCGUUGUUUUGGACCACAAUAAUCUCGUCAUUCUAAAUCUGAGUGAUGUGACAUCUUCUCUCCAUGAAAACCAGGUCCUGAUCUACAUAAUGACGCUGAUAAAUGAACCGUGGUCCAUUAUGUUGUUGAUGAUCUUCAUGAUGAACGCAUUGUUAGGUCGAACCCUCACCUGCCAUCGGACGGAGUAUUUGUUUGGGAAUGAGUGCUGUCCCAUGUGUCCUGUUGGAAACAGGGUAAAAACAGACUGUGAGGAGGACAAAAGCACCUCGUGUCAGCCGUGCUCUGAGGGAACCUUCAUGAACAAGCUGAACGGAUUAAAGUCAUGCUUGCCCUGUUCGUGGUGUGAAGCAGAUUCUGGUCUUAAGAUAAAGUCAGCGUGUACAGAAUCAUCAGAUACAGUCUGUGAACCUCUGGAAGGAUUUUACUGCAUAGAGUCUGCAGAAGAAGGCUGCAGCCAAGCCAAGAAACACAAAAGCUGUGGACCAGGAGAAUACAUCAGAGAGAGAGGAACAUCAACCACAGACACGCUCUGCUCUAAAUGCUCUGCAGGAACAUUCUCAGACGGGACGUUAACGUCAUGUCAGACACACAGACAGUGUGAAUCAGAGAAUCGGGACCUCCUGAGAGCAGGAACUGACUCAGAAGAUGCUGAAUGUGGAGAACUACAGUCAGACGGGACGGUAGCUGUAGCUGUUGGUGUUGGUGGUGUUUUAUGUCUAGCAGUCACAGCUGUAAUGUUCUUCAUAAUAAAGAAGAUAAAAACGAGUCCAUAUUCAGUAAGGGAAAGAGAACCAAUGAAUGGCCACCAGGGCGUGGCUUCAAACGGAGACGUACCUCCAGACAUGGCGAGAGGAAACGGCCCAGUGUAACUGGCGAGUCAGAGUUUCUGUGAAUGUUGUCUAACUGACUGAGGACACGUCUACACAAAAACAGGAUCUUUAGACAGACGGCUGAGUUCACAGAUCUGCACAAAUCACUGAAAAUGCAACACAUGCAUGCUCACAGCGUCUUCUUUCUACAGAGAGGUGAGGAUAAACUCACAAACAUGGAUUAACACCAGUGUUAAUGUGGACAGACAGAGAAGUGGGCUAGUUUCUACUAGUGAGACAUGCUCCUUAGGUUAUUGGUGACUCUAAAUUGCCCGUAGGUGUGAGUGUGAUCAUGCCUGGUUGUCUGUCUCUAUAUGUCUCAGUGACCUAACCCCAGGAUGACCUUAUCCUGAUCUAGAGAGGCUUUACUGUCAGAGUCAGAGCGUUGUGUUGGAUUUUGAAGUUGACCUGGUUCCUUACAUGAUUUUUGUCUGUUUGGAUCGAUCUGCUGCACGUGGAUCGACACGUUUUGCAGCAUUGGUGUGAUGUGAAAUACCGUGGUGCACACUGGGAAAUGUGGUUCCCCCAACAGCCACUGUCUAAUUCAAACACUGGUGACAGGCCUCAGGUGGGUCUUUGUCGAAGGGUCUCCUUACUCCUGAAACCAGUCCUCUGUUGUUCCUGAUAUUAUUUGAUUUAAACCUCAGAUAAACUUUAUCAUGUCUUUACAAAUGAACCAUCAGUGUCAGGUUAAAAUAAAUCUUUUCUUUUCACAGAUCAUGAUGGAGGAAAAGAUGACUGGCGGAUAUAUUAAUGCACACUACAGGGUGAAUGUCCUCCAGGAUCUGGUUCCUGGAUUCUGGGUCCUUAUCUCUACAGUGUUCAUAAAUAUCAUCAUCAUCAUUAAUUUUUAUUGAUUAUGAUUAUUUUUUUCGUCCUUGAUUAUUAAAGAGAUGGGAGUUUGUGCAGGAUUGAUGUUUGACAGUUUUUAAGACAAAAAGUCCGGGAGGGACACAACGGUGAAAAAACAGCUGUGAGCUCUAAGGGUUAACCAGGAAAACUCUCUUCUGAUUGAAAAUCUGUUUUUAAGAGUUUUCUGGCAUGAUGAUACAUUUCUUAGAAGGGCGGCACAUGAAGCAUGUCAGCGUUGACCUCCAGUCUGAUCAGGUCAUUUAGUCAGAGCAAACAUUUAAUGAAAAAGCAGCAUGAACACAGCCUAGACUUCUGAUGUUAGAUUUCCAUGUUAUUCUGGUAAACCAGCAUGUAAACAGCUCUGUUAGAGUUUUUAUAGUUUUAUUUUUAAUCAUUGAUUUUACAGGAAUAUUUUCUGGUUGCUUUAUUAUCAAUAAUCACCAAAAACAUCAAGGAUAUUCUGUAUUUGUAUAAAAAUGUCUGUCAGUUUGAAUUCCUCUUUCUGUUCCAGAGGAUGUGAGAACUUUUUGACUAUUUUAGUACUUAAUCUGAAUUAUUCUGUAAAUAUUUCACCUUUUUUUUUGUAAAAAUACAUGUGAACAUUUGUGUUAUUUUUUAUGAGAGAGACAUGAGUCCUCAUUAUAGGAGGGAUUUUUAAAUCCUCUUGAAUCCAACAGGAUAUUUCAGAAAGUUUGUAUUUUUUGUCCCUUUUUUAAAUAAAGAUAUUAAAUGUC